AUGAGCCGACCUGUCGAGGAGAAUCCUCAGGUGGUUUCAACCGAGGACCUGUCGCUCUCAGUCCCAGUUUCACGGUCAACUAAGCAGAUCUGCGAUGCUGCCACGUGGCAAAGCUCCAAUGGUGAAGAUGAUUCUCCUCUGGCUGGCACUGCACUCUUCGCCUCCGCGUCUCAAAAAUCGCAAUUCUCCCCAACAAUUCCUCAAAAUUCACCGCCCUUCCCAACAGAGUCUCAAGAGUCAGAGGCAUUCUCCCCAGCCACAAUCAUCCUACUCCUCCCGGAUGGUGGGGCCCACAUUCUCACCGAACCAGUCACUGCAGGUGCGCUCCUGCAAGGGUUUUCCCAUGGCACAGCCCUCGUUUCAGUCACAUCGUGUUGCAGCACCCUUCCGCCUGAAGAGAUGCUGCGAUUGGGGAGCACAUACCAUGUCGUGUGUCCCAGAGGUAGCCAUGUACAGGGUGUGCCUCUUCCUUGUACCGCAUCCAACCACACCUCGUCCCACUGCACCGUCGGCCACCAUGCCACACCCCAGCAUACCGCAUCCCACCGUGCUGCAUCCGCCUGCAGCAGUCUCCUGGAAAGCACGGAUUUGAGCACCAGCAGGGAUGCAGGCCGCUCUGACGCUGCUUUUGGCAAGUCCAUAUCCCUGCCAAGGGAAGUGCUCGAAGCAACAGAGGUGAAUCUCUGGAGGGAAAAGGAGCAGCAGCUGAGGCACGGCUGUCCUUCUUCCCCCCUGCUAGCAGAGGGUGAUGGUGACGAUGAUGAUGGAUCUGGUGUAGCGGAUUGCUGGACUGCAGAGGAUGUGCCAACAGAGGUAGACGGUGAGGAGGACGAGGAGGAGGUUGAAGAGAAGGCAGUGGCAGCAAAGGCUCCAGCAUGGGGAGCAGAGUCAUGGGGUGCCGACAGCAGUGUGAUAAGAAGCAGCAGCAGUGGCGGCGGCGCUGGUGGUCGGACCAGCUGUGCUCUGAUUGGCCACGUGUCAUCAGCAGCUGAAGCUGCUGACGUGGCAGCUGGGGCAGCUGCAAGAGUGCGAGCCAUGGCUCUGCAGGCCGCAAACGAGCUGGUUGAAAGUUAUCGCUUUCCAGGAAGCUUCACCUCUCUUUCCCGACCCCCCACUGCUCCUUGUGCACUCCUGGGACCUGGCAAUACACGUGGAAACCGACCUGGUGAUUUGCCUGGUCGUCUCGCAUAUGCACCACAGCGAGGUGGCAAUGGCUUCCCUGACUUGCAGUAUGGAGGGGGUUCAAUGGCAAAUGCUGCAUCAGACAGGAUUGCUGUGGCGCGUGCAUUGUCAGCAUCGUUGGAUGGUAGCUUGACUCAACAAGCAGCAAGGGAUUCUCCAUCCGAGUUGGAGUAUCGGGAAUGCCACUUAUUCCCCCAUGGCAGUGUGCAUGGCACGAGGCUCGCGUCAGACACCAAUGCGUGCGUAAUGGAAGGGAAUGGCACACCCUGCAGGGUCAAGCCUGGCUGUGGAAGCCUCGAUUCGCGGCGUGAUUACGUCGAGGAGAAUGAGCCUUGGAGCAACCAAAGUGACGUUGCGAAUCCCGUCGUUGGGUGGAGCCAGAACAAGCAGAACGGCCACAAAAGCACUGUGAAACACACUCAAGCUUCUCACUCUGGUGAUGGUGGUUCACAGGCAAAUGUUGUGAGAUCUGGAGUUGGAGAACCAUGUGAGGCACUGGGGAGUAUGGUUCUGAGGCGGGCUGCUAUUCCCGCGUUGCUGUCGUCAAUGAAUCCUCCCAGAUCUCCGUCUAGCCCGCUCUCCCCAAGCUUCUCUGCUUCGGAGUUAAUACUAACAGGUAUCCUAGUCGCACCAAUGGGGAUUGUCCUGGGUCGGAUCAACGUGGAGACGCCGCAAUUCACGGUGGAGGCGAAGACGGAUGCAUUUGAGAUUCGACGAUACCCUCCGCAGAUGGUGGCAGAAGUGACGUACGAUGGCGACCACCAGAACGGCAUCAACACAGCCUUCUCCGCGCUAGCAGGGUACAUAGGCGCGCUCUCCGCUCCUCAGAACCGACCUGCACCUGCCACUUCGCACAGCCCAGGGGAGGGGGGUGAGAAGAUUGCGAUGACUGCUCCUGUGCUCACACACGCUGUAGUAGAGGGGGAAGGAGGAGGAGGAGGAGAAGGAGGAGAAGGGGAUGGGGCAGGGAGGCACACUGUUGCUGGAGAGAAGAUUGCGAUGACUGCUCCCGUGCUCACACACUCUGGAGCAGGGGAAGGAGGAGGUGGGGAGGUGGGAGGGAAAAGCAGCUCUGCUGGUGAGAAGAUCGCCAUGACUGCUCCUGUGGUGACAGGCCCCACCUCCUCUCCUGGCAAGACCACGAUGCAGUUCCUCCUGCCAGCGUCCCUCACACCAGCCACCACGCCCAUCCCCACCAACCCAGCAGUCACCAUCCAUCAGCUGCCGCCGCGCCUCCUGGGUGCUGUCACUUUCUCAGGCCUCACAACGCAAUCUGUGCUGCAGCACAAGUCGCAGGAACUGCGGGCGGCGCUAGAAGCAGGCGGGUAUAAAGUUUGUGGGGAUUAUGUGGUUGGACGGUACAACCCGCCGUUCACUCUGCCGUUUAUGAGGACGAACGAGAUCUUGUACCCCAUAGAAGGAUAA